CCCCAUGGGAGACCAGGAAGCUGCUCCUCCUUCUCCGGCGUCGUGGAUCGCCGGGUUUGGCUUUUGGCAGGGCUUUGGCUUUGACGCUGGAUCGUCGUCGACGGCCACCGUUACCGUUGCCGCCGGUCGUCUUGAUCGUAUUGGUCGCCUCGUUUGUCUGGAUCUGUGGGAAGAUGCCGCUAUCGCCAAGUGUCAACCCCGUCUGGCUGUCGCAUGUGGCGUUGUCGCCAUCGUCGAGGCCGGUGUCCGAUCCGGCAACGGCCGGGCCUUUAUCAAGAUGCAGCAUUUGAUGAAGCUGUUUCUGACUGUCGGCAUGCUGCUGCUUAGCAUCUUGUCGUCGGCCCUGCCGCCCGUCGACGUCUUGAUAGCCCGUACCAAGACCGCCCGCGCGCCAAUCGGCGCCUCGCCUUUGCAGGUUGGCCGACAAUGUGCCGAUGUUUGCUGUGUGUGCGGAAGUAUAGGAGUUCUCGCUGCGGGCGCCUCACUGCACCUCACUGCGAAAUCUCCCGCCUUCUCUGCUCAAGACUCUCUCGGCGCUCUCGCUCUCCUGGUCGGAACAACGGCCAGGCAAGUGCGUCUGUGUGCGCCGUGAGCGCU